GCCAUUUUGAUGAAACAGCGAGGAGAGAAGCAGUUUGGAUCAUCGAAAUGGAUUUUAUGGAUUUAAAUUGAAGAUUAACGCGGAUACUCAACUUUCGACUCGACGUGAUGGAAAAUGGCUGUUUAAUGAAGAGGAACCUUUGCGUCCCGACCACCUAACUGGUGCAUUGGUUAGGUCAUUGUUAGCAUAGCGCCGUUAACCUUUAACGUUAGCUAGCUGUUAGCUUCUGAUAGGCAAGUGGUGGUUUCAUGUUGUGUUGAGUGGCGAGGUAUCGUUAGCUAAUCUCGAGGUGUAGCAUGCUAGCCUUGACAUUAGCUAACUAGCUAAUUUAGCACUUAAAACAGUAUAUUACGAUUUCAGAAUACGGUCUUCAAGGAGGUCUAUCGACGAUAACAUUUGUGGACUCGUUGCGGAAGAUUUCACUCGGUUUUGUGGACUUUUUGUGGAGCUCGGGCGGGUUUGUCUUGACAAAUACGAACUGUACCAACAAGGCAAACAUUCACGGACUGAUGCCCUGGAAACCCCAGGCCCGCUGUUAGCCACACUAGCAGCCCGGGCUUUCCACCAAAGACUAUUCACGAAGGACCUCAUUCACACCGCUGUGAUAGAUUUACUUUGUGCUGAAUGGACUCUCUCGGAGGCACCCUGUUAUGUUUAAUCGGACUUUAAAGAACUGACGAGGCACACGACGCCGCUCCAUGGCGCUCUGGCCUCGCAUCUCGAUUAUUUUUUUUGUUGGCAAUAACAAAGACUCUUUGGCCCCUUACACCCACCUCCUUUUGUCUACAGUGUUUCAGCGAAUAUAACAAAAGUUUAACAUAUUAAAGUCACCAGAUCUAGCUGUGUUCAGUGUUGACGCUGUUUUAUUUUGUUAUCAUACCAGGCCUGUGGUUUUUUUUUUCUUCCUUGUGCUUGAUUGACUUAAGUGCUUAGACCUGUUAAAAUGUCGUGUGUUCACUAUAAGUUCUCUUCCAAACUGGACUACAACACUGUCACUUUCGAUGGGCUGCACAUCACCCUCAACGAGCUUAAGAAGCAGAUUAUGGGCCGAGAGCGCCUCAAGGCCACAGACUGCGACCUGCAGAUCACCAAUGCGCAGACGCGAGAAGAAUACACCGAUGAUGAAAUCCACAUCCCGAAACACUCGUCCGUGAUCGUCCGCCGCACUCCGCUUGGAGGAGUGAAACCUGCUGGCAGGACGUUCAUUGUAGAUCGUUCUGACACAGCUGUGGUGGGAUCUUCUAGACCCACUGACUCUUCUCCGUCUAUGUCACUCGCCCAACUCGCCAAGACUGCUAACCUGGUUGACGCUAAUGCAUCAGAGGAGGACAAGAUUAAAGCCAUGAUAUCUCAGUCCAAUCAUGAAUAUGACCCGAUACAUUACUCCAAGAAGUGUGUUGGACCUCCACCUGCUCACUACACCUGCUUUCGUUGUGGAAAGGCUGGCCACUACAUUCGACAAUGCCCCUUGCUGAUGAUCCAGGAUAAGAGUGUGGAGAGUCCCAAGCCAGUGAGGAUUAGUAAGGGCAUUCCUCAGAGCUUCAUGGUGAAGGCAGAGCCCGGCACCAAAGGAGCCAUGUUAACCAGCACUGGAGAAUAUGCGAUACCUGCUAUAGAUGCGGAGGCAUAUGCACAAGGAAAGAAGGAGCGCCCUCCGUUUGUUCCACAUGACCAGUCAUCCUCUGAGGACGAGACCGACCCAAUCCCCGACGAACUCUUGUGUCCGAUUUGCAAUGACCUGAUGACGGAUGCCGUCGUUAUACCCUGCUGUGGAAACAGUUACUGCGACGAGUGUAUCAGGACUGCCUUGUUGGACUCAGAGGAGCACACCUGCUUCACAUGCAAACAGUCCGAUGUUUCACCUGAUAAUCUCAUCGCCAACAAGUUUCUCCGACAGGCUGUGAACAACUUUAAGAAUGAGACCGGAUACACCAAACAUGUUCGCAAGCAGGUGCAAAAUGCAGCCCCGCCGCCACCGCGCCCUCAGUUGGUCCGGCCACUGCACUCGAGACAGCAGGACCCGCUGCUGGCCCACAUCACUCACCCUCCCCCCACAAGUGCACCCUCCACUGCCCCUCAAGUACAGGUCCCGUCCCCCGCUCCUGCACCCACUCCUGCACUCGCUCCUACUCCUGAACCUGCUCCUACUUCUGCUCCUACCCCUCCUCAUGCUGCUGCUGUUGAAGAACAAGAUGAUUCACCAGCCCCUGCACCUUCACCUGUUGUUGACCACCAUUCUCCUAUGCACUCCGCCAGCCAUGUGGAACCACCCCCUCCGGGUGAGACAAAUCCAGAACCUACUGUGACACCAGACUCUUCAGGACCCUCAAACUACCAUUUAAAUAGGAUCGGCCCCCCACCGCCUAUAAGGCCGCCUCAUCCACCAGGUCACCAUUCACGACCGCAGCACUCUCACCGAGGAGGAGGCCGACCCUGGGAGAGGUUUUACAGAGGAAGAGACCACCCCCCCACUCACCUCCAGCCACCUCUACCUCCUGCACCUGUCCCUCCAGUGUACCCAGCGCCGUCCAUGUACCCGCCCCCACCCCAGUCCUAUCCCCCGCCGUACAACUCUGGCCCGGGCCUUCUCCCUCCUAUCAUGGGGUACCAACCCCAGCCUGUUUAUGUUCCCGGACCCCCAGGGCUCAACCCACCCUGGGUUCCCCCUGGAUCCCAGCCCCCUCUUCUGCCUAUGCCCCCCCUCGGUCAGCCCCCCCUCUCCAAGGAAGACUUCUACAGACAGCGGCACCACCGACAGGACACAGUUACAUCCAAACUGGAUGAAUUUACUAAAGACUUCCACAAAGAGCUUAUGAAGUACAGAAAUGCACCAAAGAGACGAAGACCAUCAUAUUCAAGAUCCCGGUCAUACAGUCGCUCUCCAUUCAGCCGCUCUCCGUACUCUCGCUCUAGAUCCAGAUCAAGAUCCAGGUCUUACUCUUAUUCUCCCAGUCGAUCCCGUUCACGCUCCCAUGGCCGGUCUUAUCCCCGCUCCCCUUAUUCUAGACGCAAUGGCCGCAGUUAUGGACGAUCGCGGUCAAGGUCCCGUUCCCGGUCAAGGUCUUAUGGGUAUCGUCGGUCUGGCUCACCGCGGUCUCCUCCCCCCUACAGGCCAGGAGGCUGGGAGGGAGCAGAAGGACCAGGACCUUAUAGGUCCAGGUCACGGUCUCCCCCUCCCCCUGGCCCUGGCCCUGGCCCUGGCCCUGGUGGCUUCCGGCCCCGCAGCCCUGGUGGACGAAAGCCGCCUCCUCGGGAGCUCCCGCCGUAUGAACUGAAGGGUCCCAGUCCUGGCGGCAAUGAGCGCUGGGAAAGAGAACGGUAUCGGCAGUGGGAGAAGGAGUAUGCAGACUGGUACAACCAGUACUACAAAGACUACGACCACCAACACCCCUCAAUGCAUCACAGAGGCCGUGGUAGCAGAGACAGGGAGAGGGGCAGAAUGUCCCCAUUAUCUAGAAAUUACUCUCCCCAAGGGAGAGGAAGAAGAGGAAGAGACGAGAGAGGGGCUCCCCCUAACCAUCCUCCAUCCUCUUCCUCAUCAGCGACUAAGUCCAGCGCUAAACCCCUGAAGACAAAGAAAGUAAAGAAGAAGAGAACUGGGGACGAAUCAGAGGCAUCACAUCAGUCAGUAGACAGAGGGGAUGCGACUCCUGUCAGAGACGAACCGAUGGACGAAAUGCCUUCACUCGUUAAAACGCCUCCCAUGUCCUCAAAGACUUCAGUUGGAGCCGCAACCUCUAAAGCUCCAGCUUCUAAAAGCACCGCCGCACCCGUUAAACCGUCAACCAAGUCAACAUCAAAGACUCCGUCUGAUAGGACAAAGAAAGACAGGGGCCAAAAGGUUAAAGCUAAAGUUAAGACAGAGAGCGUGAAGGUAAAGAGUGACAAAGUGAAGAAAAGGCCCGGAGAAGGUGUGGUGACCAAGAAAGACUCUUCAUCCUCCUCCUCCUCUGGCACAAAACCGUUGAAGCCCAUUAAAACCAAACCAGAAGAUGCCCCCAACUCUACCCCUAAAAAGGAGAAGGGUAAAAGCUCUGCAGUGAGGCCCGCCCUGCUAAAGACCCCCCCACUGUCCUGCCAGAGCCUUCCUCUACACCAUCCCUCUCUUCAUGACGGCCCGCGGCCCGGCCACGACAUGCGGGGGAGAAGAGAUCUUCCUCAGGGCGGUGGUCUCCUUCCCACCCCCCAUCAACACGGACUCCCACUCCUCCACAGACCUCCCUCCCCCGACAGUCGGAGGAGGAUGGGAGAGGAGGGCCGCUCUUUGCUUGGACCCCCUCCUGGAAAGCUGAGGAGAAUAGACGGACUCGGAGGUGAUGUCAUCUCCCACUCUCACAUGUCUCAUCAGAACCCGCUCCACAGACUCCCACCCCCCUCAGACCGGCCCGGUCUUCUUCCCAUACCGGGGAGCCGUGAUAUGGGCCGGGGAGACGCGGAUCGAGGAUCCAUCAGACCGCUAAUGGACCUUCAGGUGAAGCCGCUGACCCAGAGGAGGAUCAAGUUGAACAGGGACCUGGGGAGGAAGGGUAGCACCGAGUCAGCAACCACAGACAGGACACUGUCUGGGUCUGAGAAGACCACCUCAGACCGAUCAGCGGCUGCUAACCUCUCUGAAGGAGACCGGCCCAGCGGUACAGCAGAAGGUGCCGUUAGAAAGGAGCGGUCAGCAUCUGGGGAGAGGGGAGUCAGCAGAGAGAGACCAGGAAGUGCUGGAGACCGACUGCAGGGUUCAGACAGAGAGCAGAGCAGAAGCUCCGGACUGGACAGAGAGCGGGACAGACCUUCAGGAUCAGACAGAGGCACGACGUCCGACAGAGAGAGGGACAGGGUCUCCAGCUCGCAGAAAAUAGCAGUCACAGUGGAGAGAGACCUCGAAGGAGAGAGGUCGGUGAGGACCGAGCGAAAGCCCUCCAGUGCAGGAGGGAGGUCUGUCUCUCUGGAUAAAAUGACCAUCGCAGAGAAGUCAUCCGGCUCCAGGAGCUCCUCAGACCCUCAGGAGAAGUCAUCUGGCUCCAGGAGCUCCUCAAACCCUCAGGAGAAGUCAUCCGGCUCCAGGAGCUCCUCAGACCCUCAGGAGAAGUCAUCCGGCUCCAGGAGCUCCUCAGACCCUCAGGAGAAGUCAUCCGGCUCCAGGAGCUCCUCAAACCCUCAGGAGAAGUCAUCCGGCUCCAGGAGCUCCUCAGACCCUCAGGAGAAGCCAAGCACAUCGUCUAAGGAGAGGGGCGAAGGGUCCGAGCGAUCUUCUAAAUCUGACAGGAGUGUGUCCAAGGACAGAACAGAGAGGAGUGCCCCCUCAGGAGAGAAACCAGCUGCUGCUCACAGAGAAGCAGUGAAAGAUGUCGAGGAGCCUGCUGUGAAGAGCAAACCCAGGAUCAGCCGCAAGGCGCUGACGAGCCACACAGUGAGCUCCACUAGGUCAUCUCAAGAAACCAAGCGAGACUCCGACAAAGAUCAGAAGAGUGUAUCCUCCAAACCUGCAGAGCAGCUCCCAUCGAGCCCCGUGAACAGCCGGGGCCGCAGCCCGAGCAUCAGCCCGGAACCCACACCGGCCAGCGAGCAGCCGCUCAUUCAGCCGCCUCCUCGCUCCAAGUGGGAAAGAGAGGACGACGAAGAAGGCCAGGAAAACGGACCUAGUGCACCCAAGGAGCCCUCACCCGUGCCACAAAGGGGCCGAGCCAGAGAAGGGCAGACUGAAGCACCGAAACCUGUUAGGGGUGAAGGAAAGGAUGCCACAAGGGAGGAGAGGCGAGGCGCAGGUAGAGAAGAGAGGAAAGGGAGAGCACCGAGGGAAGAGGGUAAAGGUGGCAGGACAGCACAGACAAAUUCCGACAAACCAACCAAACUAAAACUUGUUAGGGAGGAAGGGAGAUCUGCAGCAAGGGAGGAAGGGAGAUCUGCAGCAAGGGAGGAAGGGAGAUCUGCAGCAAGGGAGGAAGGGAGAUCUGCAGCAAGAGAGGAAGGGAGAUCUGCAGCAAGAGAGGAAGGGAGAUCUGCAGCAAGAGAGGAAGGGAGAUCUGCAGCAAGAGAUGAGGGACGAGGAGUGACCGGGAAGGAAGAGAGAGCUGCAGAGGGCAGAGGAGGACGAGAGGAGGGUCGUGGCCUAGAGCCCAGGAGACAGCGAUUGUGUUCUGACCUGGGCCGCGAGACGGACGAGGCGGCCUUUGUGCCCGACUACAGCGAAGGUGAAGGCGAAGGCUCGGAGACAGAGAGGGGAAGGAGUGGCAGCGGCAGUGUGUCUGGCAGCCAACCCUCCAGCCCCACCCAGAGCAACCACAGCGGCUCGGCAGCUACCACCGCGGCGGACAAGAAGAAGAAGAAACGCAAGAAACAUAAAAAGCACAAGAAGCACAAGAAGCACAGCGCCCAGUGCAAGGAAGGAGAACAAAAGGAGCACAAGCACAAACACAAGAAGAAGAAACACAAAAAGAGCAAGGACAAAGAUGUGGAGGAAGAGGAGGAGAAGUUGGAGAAAGCAGAGGAAGGGGCUCCACACUAGCCUUUUGUUAAUAAGGAGAUAAUGAUGUGUUCUAGACAUAUCGGCUAACACUGGCAUGCUGCUCCAUGUGCCACUCUGAGGGAUGAAACAAGUCUUUGACUGUCCACGACACUGGACGGCUGUCUGGCUGUUGUUCACUUAAUGUACUUGCGGUACUUUGUUGUGCUUGGAUUUGCAGCAUUACGACCGCUGCGGAGGUUUCUUUAAUGUUCAAUGUGAGCCUUUUCUUUGAGACUUUAGGUCAGAGAAACCUUGGAAUUUGAUGCUGUGCGGCACUAUUGUGAUCCACGUAGAGCUGGGCAGAAAGGACUUGAUGAUAAUACCGGAUCCACAGCAGUGAAUCUAAAUGAUAGGAAUAACAGACACUGUACUCAGGGAUGUGAUUGCUUCUUUGUCGAGGAGGAAUUGCCGUUUCUCCGUCUCUGAUUCAUUUGUAAAUAGAUGAGCUAUUGCUUCACAUAAUAAUUUUCCCUCCGUUUGUUUUGCUCACAUCCCUGUGUGCUGUUCAAGGCUUAAAUGCGGAAUAACCUUCAUUGCUAUGAGGGUCGUUGUAAGCGCUUUUUUUUUUUUAAGGAUUGUACUUGUGGUUUUUGCAUGUUUUAGUACAUUAACUCCAAAUCAGGAAUACUUUCCAUCACUGCAAAUCAUCUUCAAUGCUGAUAAAAUCAUCUUUAGGCAGCCACUGGUUUCAAUCAUGCCAGGAGUUGUUUUUUUGGGGGGGGGUUAUAAAUUAGCUUAAAUAAAGGCAACAAAUUAUUCUUGGAUAGGUUAUCAAUCAUUUUCUUACCAAACUUACAUCUUUGGAAAUAGUUAGCACUACAGUAUUUUUGAUCAAUGUGCUAAAACCGACACGAUCACAGUAUGGUCCUUUUUAAGUUAAAACAAAUCUUUAUGUACCCAUGCUACACUGGAUUGUUUAAAUCUAGGAUGUGUUCAUUAAUGUAAAAUCAGUCGGCAUGUUUUUGUUCCAAAGUUGCAGUAAUGUCCAUCACGUUGUCUGAGUGUGUGUGUGUGUGUGCGCGCGAGAGAAAGUGAAAUGUGACGGAAGUUGGACAAAUUGGAGAACUUGUGUUCUUACAAAUGAGUUGUUCGGGUUUUUGUUUUUUUUUAAUUAAAAUGUUUUGACCUCAUGAAAA